GCACAGGGGUGGACUGACCAUUUGGAAAGUCGGGCACUGCCCAAGGGCCUGGGGUCAGUAGGGGCCCCAUGAGAUGCCCCUGGUACCUUUUUCAUAGGCUUUUUGGAGUUUGGGCAAGGACACAGGGGCCCCAUGAUCCCCUACUGCCCGGGGGCCCCAUGAGUUGUCAGUCCGCCCCUGGUCCUGCACCUUUUUGGUGCAGAGCAGCCCAUCAUGCAGCCUUUUAGUGCCCAUCAGUGGCACUUCAUCAGAGCACAU